AUGCUCACAAAAGCUUUUCGGCAAUUGUUUCUUGUUGUCAUUGUUGUCAUAUCUUCAUUACAUUCAUCAUCAAAACAUGCAAACGCUUAUCCUCUAUCAACACAAUCAAGAUGGAUCAUAGACGAUUCAACACAUUCACGUGUGAAACUUGUUUGCGGAAACUGGGCUGGUCACCUUCAACCAAUGAUCCCGGAAGGUCUAGAUAGAAGACCGAUAAAAGAACUAGUUCGCGAGCUUGUGAAAAACAAUUUCAAUUGUGUGAGAUUAACCUACGCGAUUUACAUGUGGACGAGACAUGGAAAUCGCAUUGUUAAGGAUACUUUGAAUGAUCUAGAUCUACCUGAGGUUGUGGAUGGUAUUUCUAAGAAUAAUCCUUCGGUUUUGAACAUGACUCAUAUUGAAGCUUUUGAUGCUGUUGUGGUUGAGUUUAGCUCGCAGAAGGUUAAUGUUUUGCUUGAUAAUCAUGUUAGUGAAGCUAAAUGGUGUUGUGAUGAUGAUGAUGAGAAUGGUUUCUUUCAUGAUAGACAUUUCGAUCCUCAAGAAUGGAUUCGUGGACUUACUUUGGCAGCAAAACACUUUCAUAAACAUCAUGCUAUUGUGGCGAUGAGUUUGAGGAAUGAAUUACACGGUCCGCGGCAAAAUCAAAGAGAUUGGUACGAGUAUAUGAGUAAAGGAGCAUUAGCAAUCCAUAAAACAAACCCUAAAGUGCUUGUUGUUAUCUCAGGUUUAAACUAUGAUACUGAGUUACAGUUUUUAAAGAAGAAACCAAUCAACAUAGAUUUAGGUAAGAAAAUGGUGUUUGAGACACAUUUGUAUUCAUGGUCUGGGAUUGGAACACUGAAAUUGAAAGGGAUUUGGACAAAACAACCAUUAAAUAGAAUAUGUGGAAAUAUUAUUGAAGGGUUAGAUGAAAGAGCUGGAUUUCUUAUGACCGGUGAGAAUGCAGUUCCUUUGAUCUUUACUGAGUUUGGAUUUGAUCAAACUGGUUCUACGACGGAAGAUAAUAGGUUUUUGACAUGUCUUCAAACCUAUCUUGUUGGAAGAGACAUGGAUUGGGGUUUGUGGGCUUUUCAUGGGGGAUAUUAUCUUAGAGAAGAUAAAGUUCAUCUUGAUGAAUCAUUUGGUGUUUUAGAUUCUACUUGGCAUAAACUUAGAUACUCUAAUUUCACAGACAAGUUUCAACUUUUACAACGAAAGAAUCAAGAUCCUACAUCCAAAAACUGCAAUGAAUACAUGAUGUACCAUCCUUUAACAGGUCAAUGUGCACAAGUCAAUGAAAACAAUGAAAUUGAAAUUGGUAACUGUGAGAAUCAAAAGAGAUGGAGCUAUAAUGGUUCUCAAAUCUUUUUGAGUGACUCUAUAAAGUGCUUAUCUGCUUCUGGUGAAGGGCUUCCAGUUUCUGUAUCUGAUGAUUGUAAAAGCAAGAACAGCUCAUGGAAAACAGCAUCACUUUCAAAACUUCAUUUGGCCACUAUUGACAAAAGUGGGAAAGAACUUUGCUUGCAUAAGGAUUCAAAUUCAUCUGUUGUUGUGAGUUCGAAAUGUAUCUGCAUUCAUGAUGAUUCUCUUUGUCUUGAUGAUCCUAUGAGCCAGUGGUUCCAACUUGUUGCGGCUAAUGUAUAG